UAUCUAUCUAAACAUCAUAAAAAAUGUAUUUCCUGUAGUCGGGUCAUUCAGAGCCCUUUCCUCUUGAAGUUGCACUUCUCAUCCUCGCCCAUGGAGUAUCCAGCGUUCCAGAAAUAAUCCAGCUUCUGGACUGGCAGGACCAGGAGGACCAUUAUAUAAUGGUGUUGGAAUACCCUUCACCCUGUGAGGACCUAUAUGCUUUCACAGAAAGCUAUGGAGGAUCCAUAAGUGAAGGUUUAGCGCGUGUUGUUAUGCAGCAGGCAACUCAAGCUGCAUACAUGUGCUGCCGCAAUGGUGUUCUACAUCGCGAUAUCAAACUUGAAAAUCUACUAAUCAACAAGGAGACUCAUAAAGUCAAAUUAAUAGACUUUGGGUGUGGAGACCUUCUCAAGAAAUUACCCUACGAUACAUUUGCCGGCACCCUUGAGUACUGCCCCCCAGAGUUUGAGGAAACGGGUGAAUACAAUGGGAAGCCGGCAACAGUCUGGUCCCUUGGCAUCCUCUUGUUUGUAUUGGUGUGUGAGGACUUUCCCAACCCUCAAGAACUGCACAUGAUCAAUGAGAACAACUUCUCCAAAGCUGGCUUGUCCGAUGAAUGCUGUCAGUUGAUUAGUUGCUGUCUCCAGCAAAAGCCAGAGCAGCGGAUUCAAUUAAAAGAGAUUCUUCUCCACGAAUGGUUCAAGGACACCAACCUGGAGAACUGAAGAACAGCCACCCUACAUGUUAUUGUCUUGAGAGGAACGUUUCAGGCUGUUUGAGGCAGGAAAUCUUGAGCAGGAG